CUCCUUUUUUUUUUAAAGUUGUUUACAUUUGAUACCAUGUUUGCUCAAUUGAUACCAAAAAAGAAAAAGAAUGAAGAUGACCAACAUGCCUUAAACAAUCCUAGUUCACACAACAUAAAGAAAAAGUUACCGAAAACAAUUCACGGUGAACCUUCGACCGGCCAUUAUGUACCAACUUCAGGACACACAGAUCAAUCGGCUGUUUCAGCUCCGCCCAUCAUAUCAAAUGAGAGAACGUCCUCCAGUCAAUUGCAUUUCUAUCAAGGCGGCGUACGAAAAGAACACAAGCACUUUGUGAAAUGGAUUGGACGUAUUGGAUUUAUAGCCAAAGGCAUUGUCUAUGGUUGUAUUGGUGUAUUGACGAUCAGUAAUGUCACAGGUGCUUGGACACCUAAUGGAAGUGCAGGCAAUGAAUCACCUCAAGGUGCAUUUUUGUUAUUAGGUGGUAUUCCUACUAUUGGAAGAUCUAUUUUGAUUGUAAUGGCUGUAGGCUUAGUCUUGUAUAUUAUCUGGAGAAUGUGGGAAGCCAUUACAGGUCAAGGAAGUGAUGCUUCAUUUAGUAAGAAAAAGAACUUUUUUCGAUAUCGUCUAUCGCCUUUUGUGAGUGGUCUUGUCUAUACCGCAUACGCUUAUUAUGUGAUUCGAAUGAUCUUUCAAACCUCGGAAGAACAACAAGCAAGCGCAUCCAGCAAGACAUUUCCUGCUUCAUGGACUGACUCAACCCUUGGCAAAGCAGGCAUUGGUAUCUUAGCUAUUGCAUUUAUGAUUGCAUUCACCACACAAGUCAUCAAUGCUAUCAGUGGUAAUUUCAUUCAAGACUUAAAGACAAGUGAACCCGGUGCCAGAAAAUGGGAAGCGUUUAUUGUUCAUAUGUUUGGUCGAGUUGGUUUUGGUGGUCGUGCAGCCUUGUUUGGUACCAUGGCUGGCUUCUUUUGGGAUUCUUUGGCUGAAGCGAACGAAUCAGGUUCAAAGAACAUGGUGGCUGCUGCUAUUAGUAAGCUAGCCAAUACAGGAGGAGGCCGAUUUUUUAUGGUUGUUCUGGGUCUUAGUUUGGUUAUUUAUGCUGUCUUUGCUGUUUCGAAUGCUUAUUAUAAAUACUUUCCUACUCCUCCUCCUACAAGACAUGAAUAUUAUACCCAUGAUGUGAUUCACCCUGAUGAAAGCAGUGAUAGUAGUGAUAGUAGCAGCAGAAGCAGUAGCACCAAUGAUCCUCAACGACGUGCGCAUAGUCAUAAUGACACAACAAAAUCAACAACCAAAGAACACAAGCAUGACGACGAUACGCCCUCUACUGCAAGUGGUAUCAAACACAUGUAUAAAACAUCCUCUUGGUUCCCCUCUUUUUGGAAUAGAAACAAAGAACCAACAUCUAUUGAUCUUGAAAAGCAACAGUCCCUUUAAGAAGCAACACACCUUAUUAUUAUACCCUCUUG